AUUGCAUGCCAUUUGUUGAUAAACCAUUAUAGUAAACACAUUCCUUUCUGUAUUUAUAACUAAUUGGUUAUGUUUUCGUGUUUUUAACAAAAAAAUCCUAGAAAACUAUCAUGAAAGGUGGAAACAUUUCAAUAUGUUUUUAUAUGAUUCUUACUUCCAGUAUUGGUAGUAUUAUGGCGACAAAUAAAAGCAUUUACUUUGGAUAUGGAAGCAAUUUGCUGCAAAGGCGGAUGCACCGGUCUAAUCCUAAUGCUGUUAGAUAUGGAAAAGGUGUGUUGAAGGAUUUCAAAUUAGACAUGGGCACAUAUUCACCCUUUUGGAAAGGUUGCGGUGCAAAUAUAGUCCAAGCGCCUGGAAACAAGGUGUGGGGAGCUCUAUGGGAAUUGAAAGAUGAAGAUUUUGUAAAUUUGGACAGGCAAGAAGGCGUACAUAAGAAUAUUUAUAAACGAAUAAUAGUAGAAAUAGAAACCCAGAAGGCCAAAAAGUAAAUGCCAUAGCAUAUCAGAUGGUAAAACAAUUCGAAAGGUUCGAUUUGACGAACUUACCAGCAGAACGACGACCGAGUCCAGCUUACAUGGAUGUCAUAAUAAAAGGAGCUCAAGAGACAGGUCUGCCAAUAGAUUACGUCAACUUUUUAAAAACUAUUUCGACCAAUGGCAUCGAUUAUGUUCCAAACUUAGAUCCAGAAAAAUAGAAUAAUUGUAUUUUAGCCUUAAUUAUAAAGUUAUUGUAUAAAAUAAAGAAAAUUUAUACUGUUG